AUCGAAUCAUUUGUGUCAAAACCACUAUCUACUCUAUCUGUGUUGUCACAACCCCCUUAAGCCAUGCCCUGUAGCCCUGUCCGUAAGGCACAAAAAGAAGCCAUUGUAUGGAACCAAACCAAUUCGCCCACCCUUGAGAAACUUCCCACCAGCACUCCAAGACUACAAGAUCAGUCAUUCUCAGGAUACACACCAUCAUCAAAGGACAACCAGAAUCCUCUUGCCCCACCCCCAAAAUCAUCUAGCCCCGAUAAAGACUCCUCUGCUUCUUCUAAAAUUAGCCGUGGUGAAGACUCUAGAUCUAUCCAGUCCACAUCACUUCCCCCAUCUCCCUUCGCUAACCGUGACAACCACGACAUUGACUCAUUGACGCGCGAAGAUCCUGAAGAAGCUAAGUGUAUUCUCGCACGCACUCCAGAAAAUGGCAUUGCCAAGGCGGAAGCCAUAGUCUUUGAAGGUGUGGGGCUGGUGUUCCCUGUAUCUGCUCGAAAUCGACAGGCGAUUACAAGAGAUUUGGACCGUGGAACGAUGUGGGUACGACGGAAGCAGGCUGGUGGAGAGGGUCAGGAAGAUGAGAAGAACGGUGUGAUCAAGCCUGUAGUCUACCAGCCAUGGAGCGAAGGUCAGUGAGCGACCCCUGUAAAUCUCUGAAGAUAGGUAGCCGGAGAUACGCGCAGUGUCUGGUAGCAUGCAAGGUGCAUGAAAUGGCAAACGGCGAUGGGUCACGGUGGAAGAUGACAGGCUGCAGUCUCAUCAUGCAGUGAACCAGAGAUAUGGGUGCCUCAAUAGUAGGGGGCAUCGCCGGCACGACCCGCCAUUGGUGGAUAGGUAGGAUAGAUAGAUAUUCGUCUUCGUGGAUGGAGC